AUCUUUCAAAAUGGCUCCUUAGCAACCAGCAGACAGAAGGCCAAAACAUGACAAUAGUGGGCAGGAGGACGAGUCGUGUUUUUGGACUAAAGAUGCAGUCAACUUCUGAGAAGAAGGGUGCAGCACGAAGGUAUAGAAAACCACGCUGUGAUGAGGAGGUGGUCAAAGAGCUGUGCAUGGCCAAUGGGCUUUCCUUUGCCGACCUAGCUGAAGAGGCUUCCAGCGUCACCUCCCUGGAGGUCAUCUUGAGUGGUUUUCCUCGGAUGGUUGGCCUUUCCUUCUUUCAAAUGCUCCGCCAUCUUAAAAUACUGGGUCAGAACAUAAAGCGCAUCGAAGGACUGGAAAACUGUCCUUUACUGCAAGAGCUCUGGGUAGUCGAGUGUAAGCUGACUAAAAUAUCUGGACUGCAGCAUUGUCUUGAGCUGAAGAAACUCUACUUAUAUGAUAAUAAAAUAAGUGAAAUAAAGAAUUUAAAAUUGCAUAUCAGCAUAGAAGUGCUGUGGCUCAACAAUAACUACAUCUCUCAGAUACAGGGCUUGAACACGCUCCAGAACCUUCAAGAUUUAAACCUUGCAAACAAUAAUAUUCACAAGCUCGGGAACAGCCUUGUGAACAAUGUCAACAUUCACACUCUCAAUCUUUCCGGCAACAAGAUCAACUCUUUCAAGGAACUCACUUGGCUAUCCUGUCUGCCCCGACUAAAAGAUCUGGCGCUGAGUGACUUCAUGUCCACGCCAAACCCAGUUUGUCAGCUGUGUAAUUAUGCCACACACGUCAUGUACCACUUGCCCUCGCUCUUUUUUCUCGACACCUAUGACGUCUCCAACACACAAAUCACGGAAGUAGCCGAGUCUACUGUGAUGAAGAAGAUGAUGUUUUACAAUAUGCGUGCACGCACCCCGCGGAGGAAUCUCACAGAGACGUUGCUGCGUCUUCUCAAAAAGAAAAACGCCUCGCUGGAGUCACCGAAAGAAAACAUUCGCUCACUCAAUUACACCUUAAAAAAUCUUGAACUUUGUCUUUGUAAGAAGCCUGUAGAAGAUGCACACAGUCACCUAAAGGAAGAUUUAAGCACCAAAGGUGACAGCUGUGACCCCUCUGCAGAGCAAAUACUGAGAAAGAUUGAACUACUACAGCAGAGACUGGCUAUUUGGACCAGGAGGCUACAUGAAAUUGAAAGCUGGCAUCAACACAACGUAUCCCAAGCGACAGAAUUGUUGGAGGACACUGUGCACUUUAUGUCGACAGAGCUCCACAGUGUUGGAAAUAUUCGCAUGGAGGAAGGCAGCUCCACCGACCUGUGGUUCACUUCCUGUUGCGACCUCCUACUCUCUCGUUUUUCCCUCGCCGAUUAUAUGAGUUAUGGCGUCACUGGCAUUAAGAUCAACAGAGUGGUCCGCAUUCACAACAGCGGGCUGAGGCUUCGCUUUAAGGAUAAACUUCAAAAAUUGCUGGCCAGGGAAGACUCUGGCACUUUGGUAAAGAAUUACAAGCAGAUGCUUGAGCACUUGUUCUACGUGGGUGACUCGGACCACAACCGUGAGGACGUGUUGAGCGUCCUGGAGGAAGGCUUCAAAUCAGCAAAAGAAUAUAAGGCCCUCGGUAAAGAAGCAGCAGUGCCUUUAUCCAACAGCCUGAUUGUGAGCGAACAGCCAAGAAUUGAGUAUUCAUUACGUCGUGUUGAGCAAGAGGGCGCCUAUACAAAAACAGAUGAAAUCCCUUUCAGAUCUGGGAGAAUUAUCGUUGCCAAAGUGUUCCUGGGCCACAGCGCUCCUAUCAGAGAAGGCGAGCUGGUGCACCGAAGAGCCUAUCCCAACAUUUCGUCCGUAUAUCGUAGUGUCCACACCAAGCAGCGAGAUGGACGACACACUACCAUUCCCAAAGGAAGACAGUGGUUUGUCUUUGACAAUGACCUGGUCUUACCCGAGUACAUGAUUUGUUUUGAAUACCUCACUGGAGGCAGUGAACAGCCUACAUCAUUAGACAACUGCAUCCAAGUCCUUGACCCUCCAACCUAUGACAACUCAUUGGAUAAGCAAGCCAUCAGCAUGGAGCCCGUUCUGGAACCACCGCCCAAGUUGUUGAAUUUGAAUGGGAAGGUUCUCUUAAAUGUGUCCGGUGCCAGGUUCCUCCGUGAAAUCACGGUGCUGAACCUUCACAACAACAGCCUGGGCAGUCUUAAGGAGAUUUCCUCCCUCCCAGCUCUUCGCCAUCUCACCCUCAGCUUCAAUGAGCUCACCAGCCUCUGUGACAUCGCCCACAUGCCCAAUCUUGAGUUUUUAGAUGUCAGCUUCAACGAGCUUGUGAGCCUUGAAGGUCUCCAGGGGUUAAAACAGCUCAAGCAUCUUGAUGUCAGCUGGAACAAGUUGAGCAACGCCAUCAAAGAUUCCACUGUGCUCAAAACACACACACCCGCUCUGCAGAUACUGGAAACACAACACAACCCAUGGAAUAAGCUGGAGGAAGUCCGAAUGACAAUAUUAAGCUUUGUGCCGACUCUCACAAAACUGGACAACACACCGGUUACUGAGGAAGAAGUCGCUGAUGCUGUUCACAACACGACGAAAAACGUUAUCAACCAGGAAAUGCUUAUCGCUUGCUCAAAUAGCAACAACACACGUCCCCGUUGUCUCAGCCUGGUUCAAACAACCCAGCUCCUCUCGGAGUUCAUUUUGUCACCCAGAGAACUAAGCCAAGACCUGCAGCCGGACUGGGCCUCAAAGAUAACUUCCCUGAACCUCGACAAUCAGAAUAUUUGUCAGAUGAGCCAUCUGGAUGCCCUCGUCAACCUGCGCUGGGCUUCGUUUAAUAAUAAUUUCAUCUGUGAAGUUGAAGGUCUUGAUUACUGUACUAAUCUGGAAGAGCUCUUCCUUAAUAACAACAGCAUCAGCACAUUCAGCGGUCUCUCACAUCUACAGAAUUUGAGCAAACUAAGCAUGGAUGGAAAUCAGCUUUCCCAUCUUGAUGCCAUUGUCCUCGACCAGCUCCACAGUUUGACCUUUCUGUCUCUGGAGAACAACAUCAUCACUUCUCUGCAUGGCAUCGACAGAUGCAGUGCGCUUCUGGAGCUCUAUGCCGGCAACAAUGAUAUUUCUCUGUCUAGGGAUAUCUACUAUCUCAAGGUGUUGGAAAACCUCAUCAUCUUGGAUCUGUACGGGAAUCCGUUAUCAGAGAAUUUAAAGAACUAUCGUAUUUAUGUGGUGUUCCACCUGCCAUCUCUGAAGGCCCUGGAUGGAAGUGCAGUGGAUGCAGCUGAAUGUGAAAAUGCAAAGGCUAUGUUUGGAGGACGACUCACACCGGACUUGGUAGCUGAGAAAUUGGGUCAUUCCCAUUACGGCAACAUCAACUGUCUCACGCUGAACUCCUGCUCCGUCAGGAGUGUGGACCUGUCUCCUACAGACCUGUUUGUCAAUCUACACAGUAUCAACUUAGAUCACAACAACCUUACCUGCUUCUCAGGCAUAAUCCACCUACCCAAUGUCAAGAUCCUGUCUUUAAACUACAACCGCAUUGAGUCCAUCCUACCGAGGCAGAAGACAUUUCUCACAAACAGGCAGAUGUUACACAACAAAGUGCACUCCAGUGGCUAUGGCCAGCAGACCUUAUGCAAAGGGAGCAGGCACAUUGCACCGACCAUCAUCCUGGAGCCUCUGAUGAGCAGCUUGGAGGUGCUGCAUUUGAGUCACAAUGGCAUCUCCAAUAUGGCCAAUCUGGAGCUCAGCAGGCUCACCAAUCUUAAAACGCUCUUCCUUCAAGGGAAUGAGAUCAGCCAGGUGGAAGGUUUGGAGGGUUUGCAUGAUCUCAGGGAGCUGGUGUUGGACAGGAACCGGAUAAGGGCCCUGUACGAGAACUCUUUUGUUUCCCAGGGCGUCCUGCAAGAACUGCACCUUACAGAGAAUCGCAUCCGGGAGCUCAACCAUCUCUAUCCGCUUGUUGAGCUCCGCAAACUUUUCCUGGGCAUGAACAAGCUUCAGGACAUCACAGAACUUGAUAAACUUGACGUUCUUCCCUCGCUGAUGGAACUCUCCGUUGUUGGCAAUCCGGUGGCUCGAAACUCUCUCCACAGACCUGCGGUGAUGCGCUGUCUGGGGCAGUUGCAGGUCCUGGAUGGCAUGACGGUGACCAUAGAGGAAAGAACCAGGGCCGAAAUUACAGACGCAACAGAUUUUCUAAUAUAUGGAACAACAAGCACUCUAAUCACCAAUCCUGUGCACAGAAUGUGGAUGAAGCGGACACACCACGAUGACAGUAGUGGAGAAAGACAAGCACAAUGUGAGGAGUGUUGUGCGGCUUCUGCCCUUGAAGCCAACCAGCCUGGACUGAUGACCUACAUGCCUGUCAGAGGGAUGUCCAUGACGGGACUACAGAACCUCAUUCAUGGACACGACAUGCUCCCGAGUAACAAGGAUGAACCCCAGGUCCAGUACACCACCAAAAACAAGAAGACAACAGAGAAAAAUCCUUCAACCUUUCAUGCCGACGUGAGCACCAGACAGGUCCGAAAAACAAGAAACAACUUGAUACCGGCAUGUCCCCUUCCCCAUGGGAAGUGAGAACAACGCUUCUACAGUACAGGAACAAAGUACAGUACCAGGUUGAUUCAAUUCUACAAAUGUGUGUUGUUGUUUUUUUAUAUUGUGACGAAGUCUAUUUGAAAUCUACUGUAUCUCGACUCAUCAAGUAUUUAGAUCAGAUUUCUUUUGCACCACCAUAAUGCAUGUUAAAUAAACAAUGAAGAUGUGAUCGAGUGGUCAAGGUGCAGCUUCAAAACGUCUUUCAGAAAGCCUCCAAUGUUGUGGAUUCACAUCCUUUUAGCAGAUGAUAUCAAGGUCAAAUAGUAUCAGAAAAAGGACAACAAGCAUACCACACAUCAGCUUAAAGCAACUGGCAAAAACAAAAACAUCACAAGCAAUAAAACCCUGUAGACAAUU